AUGCCGGGCCGGGGGCGGGCGCGCUCCCGCAGCCGCAGCCCCUCCGCCCGCUCCCACCGGCACCGCCGCCCCUGCCCCGCCCCUGCCCCGCCCCGCCCCUGCGGACACGCCCCGGACACGCCCCGGACACGCCCCUUCACCGGGACUCGUCCCCACGGCCAGCCUGACCCUCUGACUUCUGUCGCUCCUUUUGCCCACGAGCAAGCACCKACAGUGGACGCCCCUGGUCCUCGCUGGUGUGUCACCAGGCGGGCCAACCCGCCCUGGUGUCUGUCACACGCCCACGAACGCCUCACGCCAGCAGCGCCACAGCGCCCUCAGGGGCGGCRCCAUCACCGGGACCCCUCCCCUGGCACGCAUGCGCGGUGCGCGCGGCGUCUGCGCGCGGGCGGAGCGGCGCGGUGCCGGGAGCGGAGCGCUGAGGGACAGCCCGGAGCGGGCACCGCCGCCCUGCAGGGCAGCCCCGCCGCCGCUGCCGCCUCCUCCGCCUCCUCCUCGCCGCCGCCGCAGCAGCAGCAGCUGGCGCUGCUUGUGAUGCAGCCGAACGGCGGCGAGGAGGCGGCGGACGGGGCGGUGGGGGUGGUGCUGCAGCCGAAUGCCGACUCGCAGCUGCCGCCCUCCGCUAGCGGUGGCCUCAUGGUGUUCUACGAACUGGGGCCCGCCGGCGACCCCGAGGUGGGGGAGGAGGAGGUCGAGGCCGAGGCCGAGACCGAGGCGGYGGGCGGCGAGAGCACGGCCAGCCUGGAGGAGCUGGAGGAGGAGGAGGUGACGACGGCGGCGGCUGCGAGCGGUGAAACKGCGGCGGGCGGCGAGUGCAAGAGCUGCACAUACCAGGGCUGCAACGAGACCACCACGCAGGUGGUGAAGCAGCGCAAGCCWUGGAUGUGCAAGCGGCACCGCAACAAGAUCUACAAGGACAAGUACAAGCGCAAGAAGAGCGACCAGGCCCUGGGGGGCGGCGGGGCGGCGGCCGCUGGGGGCGGCCCGCGGGCCGAGGAUAGCGUUGAAGGUUCAGUGUCUGUUACAAAGCAGAGAACAGGAUCCGUUGGAGAUCGCCCAGCAAGACCUACUCUUUUAGAACAAGUGUUGAAUAAAAAGAGGCUGUCCCUACUCAGAAGCCCAGAAGUAGUGCAGUUUCUGCAGAAACAACAGCAACUGUUAAGUCGACAAGCUUUGGARCAAAGGCAGCAACAGUUUCAAGGAGCACCUGGGUAAUGAGAAAGGAUCAAUGAUCUGCAAAUGAGUCUGGUGCUGAAGGAGGGAUAGGAUCUGUAUUUUUAUAAAUGCAAAGAAUCUCACUGUUUAAAUGAAA